AAUUUUGUUAAAGGUAUACCGUGUCUGUUGAUAUUUAAGAGUCAGAAUGGUAUGAUUUAGCUCAUAGUUUACCGGGGAAUGCGAUGUUACUCAUAAAUUUAUAUUAGUAUUGUGCAAAAUAGAUAAAAUCAUCACGUCUGCGAAGAUCUGUAGAUCAAACGUUUAACUUUUGUCAUUUUGUGUAAACAGAAUAAUCAUGGAUCAACACAUCAUUUUGGGCAGGAUUGGUGAGGGGGCUCAUGGAAUUGUUUUGAAAGCUAAACAUAUUGAGAGUGGGGAGGUGAUUGCUUUGAAGAAGGUCCCUCUUCGCAAAUUAGAGGAUGGAAUACCACACACAGCUUUAAGAGAAAUAAAAGCUCUCCAAGAGAUUGAGGACAAUCCAUAUGUUGUAAAGUUACGAGAGGUGUUUCCCCAUGGAACAAGCCUGGUCCUAGCUUUUGAGUACAUGCUGUCUGACCUUUCAGAGGUCAUCCGUAAUACAGAGAAACCAUUGACUGAGGGACAGGUCAAGUCCUACAUGUUAAUGCUGCUCAAAGGGGUGGCUUUUUGUCAUGAGAAUAACAUCAUGCACAGGGAUCUGAAGCCUGCAAACCUCCUGAUAAGCUCUACAGGACACUUAAAGAUUGCAGAUUUUGGAUUGGCUCGAGUGUUUCAAAACAAAGGCGAAAGACAAUACAGUCACCAGGUGGCAACCAGGUGGUACAGGGCUCCUGAGCUGUUGUAUGGUGCUAGAAAGUAUGAUGAAGGAGUGGAUCUCUGGGCUGUUGGUUGUAUAUUUGGAGAGCUGCUGAAUAAUUCACCAUUGUUUCCUGGAGAAAAUGACAUAGAACAGCUUUGUCAGGUGUUACGAGUCUUAGGAACUCCAAAUGAAAAGAUCUGGCCAGGCAUUUCUGAAUUGCCAGACUACAACAAAAUCACAUUCCCAGAAAACAACCCAAUACCAUUGGAGGAGAUAGUCCCUGAUGCAUCAUGUGAAGCCCUGGACCUCCUCAAAAAGUUCCUUGUUUACCCCACCAAACAAAGAAUAUCUGCUAAGGAGGCACUACUUCAUCCCUAUUUCUUCACAGAACCCCUUCCUGCCCAUCAUUCGGAACUCCCUAUCCCCCAGCGCAGCAAGAGGGGGUUACCACGGCGACAACAAACACAUGACUAUAAUAUUGACACUCCAUUGGAGAAAUCUUUGAUUGAUCCAGAGUUACUGGCCCCUCAUAUUGUCAAAAUCAGAUGAUGUCUUGUAGUGGUAAAAUUGAAUGUGAUUCUCUAGGGUGGAUGAUUAUAGGGUGGAAGUUAUAAAAAGAUGGACUGUGAUAAACAGACAAUUGUUUGUAAUCCAAAGCAAAGUCUACAGUUCAGUAACUACUAUGGAAUAGUGUAAAAAAAAAAUUCUAAACGUUAAUGUUUCAUCAUUAGAAAAUGGCCAAUAAUUUCUGUGUGAUAAUUGUAAAUGUACAAUUGAAAGGUUCUUGGGGAAAGCUUACAUGCACUAUGAUCAAAAACCAGUAUGCGCCCUUUACUUUUAGCAAGUAAGCUUGGUAUUUAAACUAUAUUGUUUUUAAUAAAAGCAAUUUUAUCUGUGGAUUGAGGUAUCUUAAUAAUUUAAAAACAUA